AUGAAGAAGAAUAAGAGACUUUUUCAAUUAUAUGCCAAUAAUUUGCAAGUAGGACAACAGCCUGCUUCAACGACUUUAACCCUACCAACAACAACUACGAGUCCUCUCUCUUCUACGACAUCUUCCUCACCUCUUCAGGGAGCAUGUACCUCUCCUAUGAAUUCAGAAUCCAAUACGAUGAGAACGCCCAAUACUUCUUCACCUUCCUCAAGAUAUUCACCUCCUCUUUCUCCUCAGCAGCCAUCUCAUAACAUGGUACCAAGCCAAUUUUCUCUGACUCCUAUGAAAACCUCCAUUUCAGCCUCCUCUCCAAUACAGAUUCAUAAUUCUCCUCUCAUGAACUCCAACUAUCGAACGAUACCAGUAGGGAUUAACAACAAUCAACAUUCAACCACUACAAAUAUGGCCGUUCCUUUGCAUCAUUAUGUACCAAGCGGAUACAGCCAAACAGCAACAACAAUGACCACUAUUACUCGAGGUUGUUGUCAUAUACCUGGAGUCAUACAUGUUUCUCCUUCCUCUCCAAAACAACAACAACAACAACAACAACAACAACAAGGAUCCAUGACCCCAACAACAACAACACUGAUCAAUUCCAUACCUUGUAAAUACGAAUCUAACCCCAACAAUAGAUCUUGUUUUGAUCAGAUACAGCCCAUGUCGACAACAAACAAGAUCUCAUCCAUAAUAUCCACUCCAACUCUAACCAAUCAUCAUUCACAGAGUGUUGAUACUGGUAAAGCCUCACACAAUGGUUCAAAAAGCAUCAUGUUGAGUAAGGCUGAACAAGAAGAAAUGCUGUACCGAACGUUAUGGUCUCACAUGGAGAGUCAUACCUCAACAUCUCAAAGCCAGACGUCACUAUCUAAAAUUGUGAAACCCUCAGCAACCACCAAUUCUCACUUUAAACCUAAACGAACCAAAAUUUCAAUUACCGAACUGUUGUGUUAA